AUGAGCGAUCUUACACUGCUCAAGAGUAGUGAGGACAGUGCCUCCACUAUCACAGGAGCACAAGCAGCUGAAAGCACUCUUACGACUCCGUAUAAUGCCACAAUAAGAAGGCUUAGGUCGUCACUCCCCCCUGUACAACCACCGCAUAUAGACCAAAACUAUGGAUCAGGUGGUGCGUUUGGGUUUGUUUUUGCCUCUGUUUCAGCAUGUACCGCUACACUAUUCUCCAAUCCAUUGGAUGUUGCUAAGGUGCGCUUGCAAAUGCAGAAGGGCCCGGGUAAGGGCAAGUAUAGCGGUACAUUCGACUGUCUGAAACAGACUUGGAAAACUGAGGGUGUCCGAGGCACACAAGCUGGGUUGAGCGCCGCACUACUGAAGGAAGGUACUAAAAACUUCUUCCGAUUGGGUCUUUAUGAGCCUGUAUUGAGGUGCAUACAGGUGGAUAAAACUAAGAAAGCAGGGGUGAAGGAGCGUAUGCUCGCGGGGGCUUUUUCAGGGGGAUUUAGUUCGCUGCUUUGUAAUCCGUUAGAUUUGGUGAAGACUCGGGUGCAGGCUAAUGCGUUGAAGGAGAUAGCGGUGGUUGAUGGAG